AUGACCUUUUUAUGGAUUGAAAACUAUUUUGGUGCUGGAAAUGUAGAGCAGGUAACUGUCUGUGAGAAGGAGAUGAACAAAACUGAUGAAAACGAAAAUGAAGAUAAGAAAUUUGUUAAUUUGAAGAUAAAUAAAGAGGCCUGUCCUGCAGAAUUUGGUAAACAAAUGUUUAAUACUAGAAGUACUCCAUUCUCAAGAAAAGACUUUAAAAUAUUUAAGGAUGAUAUUGUAGCUGUUAUAACUGGUUCUUCAGCUGAUGGACUAGAGAAGUAUGAAAGCCCUGUCCCUAAAACUGCUAAUACAAACAAAGAAAUAACUAACUGA